AUGGCCUACCCGCAAACCUACUACCAGACCACCUCCCUCCCCAUUUCCGUCCCUUCAAAAUCGCAGAAUGCUCAAUACUACACUCCUCAAAACCACGGAUACUCAGUUUCACCUCCCGAGGUCGCUGAGUCUGUCACUACCGGAGCAAGCAUGACACCCGCAUACGGCAAUUCUACCUACUCUGCAACUUCAAACAGUUAUGCAGGGAGUUCGAGCAGCGAGUAUGACAGCACUUCUUCUGCCAAUGGCGUAGAUAUGCAAGAAUACAUGCAAGAUCGCUUCAACGGCGCAUUCGACCCUCUUCCUCUCGACCGCACUUUGGCUGUCCAGGCGCAAACAUCAGGAUUGCUUAAUGCAAAGCACCGCGAACUACAGGAUUUGCAGGCAUUGGCUCAGCAGCGCCUUGCGCGGUCUAGAGCCAGAUUGGCCGAGGGCUACCAAGAUGCAAAGGAGGUGAAGAGAGAUCUCGAAUGGACACAGAAGCGCGUUUCAACAAUGAAGACAAAAGCCUCGCGCAAACACCCCAAAGAAUACAAGCAAGCCCGCGCGCGCUACCCAUCGCCAGAAUACUAG